CACGCAUAUCAGCGAUCAAAAACCGCGCGCUCUUUUAUCACGGCCAUUCACUCUAUUCCUUGUGUGGGAUACGGCUGUGCGAACGAACCAUGGCUUCCGAGGACCAAGAACUCCUGGCCAAAAUCGGCCAGCUUGCUGGCAAGAUUAAUCGCCACAAGAACCAGCAAGCCGGCAUCAUCAACCACCACCCCGCCCAUCAUCGAGAUAAUACAUACCGUCGCGGUAGCAGCUCUCACCACCCGUCGUAUCGAGUCGGCCGAUUCGCACCACACCGCAACCGAACGCUCGUGAUGAACAAUGGAGGAGCGCAAACAGGAUCGCCCGGCACCGCCGAAGCCGUGCAAACAUCCGGUGCCUCGACUGCUACAUCCUGGGUAUCGAAGACGGCGCGCCAUCGUCAACUGAUCAACUCGAGCGUCUACGAACGGGAGAACCAGAACCGAGCCAAGGCCAUCGAGACCACGCGGAAGCAACAGCUCGCCGACCAGAACGCCAGAGAGACGGCCAAGCUGUCGAGUCACUUCCAGCGGCAUCUCGGUGGUGGCCCUGCUGCCGGCGCUGCCGUUGCUGCUGCCGUUGCCGGUCCUGCUAACCACGCCCCAUCCAUAGGUCACCACGAGGUGGAGAUACACGGCAUUCGGUUCCGCGUAGCCCACAACGGCAGCAAACUGGUCAAAGUUGCAGGAGAUUUGCAUUCCGCGAGCGAAACGCCCAAGGUGGCGACAGUAGGAGGCGUCAAGUUCCACCGGAGCCGCAACGGGAAUCUGUACCGCCAUGGCAUCCUCAAAGCUCAACGUCAAACCGGCGUCAAGAAGGUUUCCGAACCUUGCCGAACGUUCUCGUCGACUGGUACUUGUCCGAAGGGACCGGGCUGCCGGUACAUUCAUGAUCCAUCCAAGGUGGCGGUCUGCCGGGACUUCCUCCAGAAGGGGAUUUGUCCUAAUGGCGAGACGUGCGACCUCUCACAUGAGCUGACACUGCAGCGCACGCCGACGUGCCUCCAUUACAUCAAGGGGCACUGUGCAAACGCCAACUGCCCGUAUACGCACCACCACGUGUCCCCCAGCGCGCCGGUGUGCCGGGCGUUCGGCAUCUACGGCUACUGCGAAGCGGGAGCCGGGUGCACGGAGCGGCACGUGGCGGAGUGCCCGGACUUUAGCAACACGGGCAAAUGCAAGACGAAGGGCUGUAAGCUCCUUCACCGCGAGAGGGCAAGCGUCCUUCGAAAGAAUCAGCAGGAGGGCGAGGCGGGGGAUGACGACGACGACCACGACCACGACCUGUCGAGUGAAGACGAAUCGGCAGACAGCGACGACGUCGACUCGGACGAGGUGGACGAGUUCCUCGGCGGCAACGGGGACGGGGACGGGUCCGGAGAUGCUGACCUUGUAGCCCAGCGCGAUUAUAUCGCCCUUUGAAAGUGUUGUGAAAGGGGCCGCCCUUCGCUCCCGUGCUAUUGGCCUUUCCUGGGCGCCUUGACCUAUCCCUCCCCCUUUUCCUUUUCUUUGCCCCCUAUAUUUCCCCUCCCCUUUUCCGUCGCUGCUACUUUUUCCUAUGCACGUUUGGCUACGGGGCCAUCUCAUCGGUGACGACGAUGACAUUUUCUUGUUUUUUUUCCCGCCCCUACUUGCUCUCUGGAUCCAGCGUUGGCGUGCAUAUUACGAGCGACCCGACACGGGAAUGCUCUCAUCAUCUAUGUCAGUA